GACCGAGACAAAAAUAACACCAAGCCUUAAUCAAGUCAAAGUCUCUGUCGCCUUCACUUGAACACACAACUCGGGUGUUAAGAUUCCCUGGCAAAACCUACUUUAACAUCACGACGACAUCGUUUCAGCCACUUUGGUACGUGCGCGGGGAGGGAUUUGUCCGAUUUGUUAGAAAGUGACACGAACAGGAGACAAACUGGGCAGGAGAUUUCUCAAUCACGGUGCUUCCGAUCCGAGCAAACCAAUCAACUGAAAAACAAACCCAGAUAAAUUGAUUCGUCGAGAUAAUGGCCGAACACGGUGGGACACCAGCUGAUGAUGAUGAAGAACAAGUAUGGAGCUGGGGCGCAGGCACCGACGGCCAAUUAGGGACGGCCAAGCUACAAGACGAGCUUCUCCCUCAGCUUCUCUCCCUGACGUCACUUCCCUCCAUAUCGAUGCUCGCCUGUGGCGGCGCUCACGUCAUCGCUUUGACUUCUGGUGGUAAGGUCUUCACAUGGGGAAGAGGAAGCUCUGGUCAGUUAGGACACGAUGACAGUCUCAGCACCUCUUUGCCAAAACCAGUAUCCUUCUUUGACGAUUAUGUUAUCACUCAAGCUGCUGCUGGAUGGAGUCAUUCUGGUUUUGUUUCAGAUUCUGCUUGUCUUUUUACAUGUGGCAAUGGCUCGUUUGGUCAGCUCGGUCAUGGUGAUAACAUGUCAUUAAGCACUCCAGCUAAAGUCUCUUACUUUCUUGAUAAGAAUGUGAAGAUGGUUGCUUGCGGUAUGCGCCAUUCGCUUGUCUUGUUCACAGGUAAUGUCUGA